CGAGCAAUGAGUGGACUGGUACGAGUGGCUCGGCAAGGCGGGGCUGCACCUGGACGUGGCGUUCGAGAACGCGCUCCUGCUCGCGCGCAACGAGCUCGGCGCGGCCGACGUCCGGCACCUCGACCACGAGUUCCUCGCCAGCAUGGGCGUCACCGUCGCCAAGCACCGCCUCUAGAUCCUCAAGCUUGCCACGAAAGAGUCCACCUCCUCCGGUAAAAUGGCGGCCGCCAUCACCGUCCUGCCGUGGCGCGCCACCAGGCUGCUCGCCGCGGUCGUGCACCGGUCCGCGCGGUCGGUGCUCGGGCGCCUCCGCUCCUUGGUGGUGCGCGGCCGGGACCGGGCCAGGGCCACCUUCCUCGUCGCGCCGAGCCUUCCCGCCCUUCCGCAGCCACUACGCCACCGCGGCGGCAGAGUGGCCCAGAGGAAGACCUGCGCGUCGCCCGUGGCGAGGAGGGGAGGGAAUCUGCCACUUCUGGCGCACGUGAGUAAGCCCAUGCUCACGAACAGCGGCGUGAAGCGGAGGAGCGGCACGAAGACGACAGUCAAGACGGCGCCCGCGCCCGCUGCGGCAAUUGCCGUUUGUCUCGUGAGCCCGGAGGUCUGCAGCUGCGACGAGGACGAGCAGAUUGACGGCGGCGAGGAGAUGCUGUGGGAGUCCAUGUUCCAGGAUCCGAGGCCGACUUAGCCGACUAACAUGUCAUGUGUGCUGCACCUGUGACCUGUCGUGUACGUGCAGCGAGAGAGAUGAGGUACGUGAAAGCACUGUGGUCACUGGUCAGUACUCACUAGCUAGCUGCUGCUUAGUUCGCAAAUCUGUACAUGUGUGGAGUGUGAAAAAAAAACUAAAUCUGUUAAAUUUUCAACUCAGAAUCGAUCUAUGUUCAUG